CCCUAGUGCUUCUGUAUCUCGCUCCCUGGACCUAACCGUCCUGGGACUCAAUAGUGGCACUUCGAUGGUAAGCAGACGAGCUGGACAAGCGAGGAUUUAGGGGACCUUGAAAGCUUAUCAAUGUAACGCUAGGAUGGGAUCGACUGUGCUCUCUGUCGUUUUCGACAGGAAAAGCCGGAUUCACCCAUGAGGUUUGAGCUUCUCAAGGUAUGCUAUUGUCACAUGUUGCGCAAAUCCCGUUCAGUCUAACACAGACGUGUCUUUCCAAUAGUAUGGUGAAAUUCCCCUACAACAAACAAUCAAGAAACGAGUCAUGAAUAUCAUCCUGCACAACAAAACAUCUCCGUCCGAGCUAUCCGAGGUGAAUGUCAUUCUCGGUGAGACAUUUGCCGCGGCUGUCAAGGAGUUCUGUGGACAGUAUGAUGUUGAUAUCUCGUCCAUCGACGUUAUUGGCUCCCACGGUCAAACCAUCUGGCUUCUGUCUAUGCCUGAGGAGGGAGAGGUACGUAGUGCUCUUACCAUGGCUGAGGGCUCAUUUAUUGCUUCUCGCACGGGAAUCACAACUGUGACCGACUUCCGGGUUAGCGACCAAGCAGCGGGUCGCCAGGGAGCACCACUGAUUGCUUUCUUUGAUGCCUUGCUCCUGCACCAUCCGACAAAGUUGCGCGCUUGCCAAAACAUUGGCGGGAUUGCUAAUGUCUGUUUUAUCCCGCCCGAUUCCUUCGGAGGCACUGAUGCCUGCUACGAUUUCGAUACAGGCCCAGGGAACGUCUUUAUUGAUGCCGUUGUCCGACACUACACCAACGGCCAGCAGGAGUAUGACAAGGACGGCGAGAUGGGCGCUCGCGGCACGGUGGACCAGGAUCUGGUAGAUGAGUUUCUUCAAACUCAUCCCUACUUCCAGUUGGAUCCACCGAAAACCACGGGCCGCGAGGUGUUCCGAGAUGCUUUAGCUUUUGAUCUCAUUCGCAAGGCGGAAUCCAAAGGUCUUAGUCCAGAUGAUGUCGUUGCUACCGUCACUCGGAUCACCGCUCAGGCCAUCGUCGACCACUACCGCCGCUAUGCCCCCAAGGACCUCCCAAUCGACGAAAUUUUCAUGUGCGGCGGUGGUGCUUAUAAUCCAAACAUCACACAAUACAUACAAGCACAUUACCCUAGCACGAAGAUUCUGAUGCUGGACCAAGCAGGUAUCCCGGCUUCUGCCAAAGAAGUUAUCACCUUCGCAUGGCAGGGCAUGGAAGCAGUGGUGGGCCGUUCUAUUCCCGUGCCCAUUCGGGUUGAGACUCGGCAGCCAUACGUCUUGGGAAAGGUAGCACCAGGCAAGAACUAUUGUAGGGUGUUGCAGCAAGGUAUGCAAUUCGGAGGGGAUAGGCACCACCUGCCUGCAGUAUCUGAGCUGGUGAACUAUGUGAACGGGGAGGUGUUUAACAACAAAUGGUAAUACAUGUAACGAUAUAUCAAAAGAAGAUCAUUAGAAUAAAAUUUAUGCGCACACCCUUU